AUGAGGAAGAAGAGCUUUCUGACGGAGCAGUUUUUUCUUAUAACACUGUCUCUAAGCUCAGGACCUCUGGCCAGGCGGGCAGGGGAUGUGUGUGCCCUCUGCCCACCAAGCUCCGGCCUCCGGAGACCCACCUCCCCGUCUCUUGGCCACUUCUGUGCUUCUGCGCCCGGAAAAGCCCCGGGCGCCCCCCCCCCCGACGGGGCGGACGCAGCCCCGCCCACCGAGGAUGAUGCAUCGGGCUGGGUCCCGAGGCCCGUCCCCCGCGCUCGACGGACGCUCUGGGGCGGCUUCCGAGCAAGCGCGCCGCGCCCCUCCUCUCCGGGCGGCGCCUCGCCCCGCCUGCCUUCGGGAAAGCGCCCCGCCGUCGCCCACCGGAGCAAGUGCGCACCGCCACCUGGCACGAUGGACUUCGACCUGGCGGCAGCGCUGGGGCCCGGUCCCCCGAAGCCCGAUGCCGUCGCGGAGAUGAAGCCGGGCCCGCGCAGCGGCGAUGCGCCUGCGGCUGCCCAGCCGUCUGGGACGCCUCCUGCGGUCGAGGGCGCCGGAAAGAGCCUCGCGGAAGGCGGGCCCCGAUCUGCAUCCGACUCCAGUAGCAGCAGCAGCAGCAGCUCCUCCAGCGACAGCGACCAGGAGCGCAAGGGACCUGGCACUGGCCGCCAGAAGAAGUUGAAGAAGCCCAAGAAAGAAAAGAAGGCCCACAAGGAGAAGAAGGAGGAGAGAAGCCACUGAGCCCUGCACACACCGGGGCUCCUUGCUGCAGACUUGCCUAAGCCCCACCGGAGCCCAGCUAUGGAGCAGCCCCUUCCUUUGGCUCAGGACUAAUGAAAGAGGUUGCUUUCAGAUUGUCAAGCAUGUUAUGUUCCCUGGUGAUGGUUCAGCAGGGGAAGGGCUUUGCAUUUUGAAGGUUGGAGCAUCAGGGGGCUGGAAGGCAGGCCUUGCAUUGUAUGCAGACAUGCUUUGCUUUCUUCUGCUGGCAGCAAGAGCACCAACUUGGGAUGGCUUUAAAAGAUUGGACCAAUUCACAGAAGAGGAGGAGCGGCAUCUGAGAACAGGAUUCUGGACUUAGAUCUGAUCCAGCAGGCUCUGCUUAUGAUCUCAUGGAGGGUUUUUUCCUGCUUUUUGCACUAUUGGGACAAAUAAAGGGAGCUGCCUUUUCUGUUACACUGGAAUGUCUAUGGAAGAAAAUGGAAGGUGAAACUUCAGCAGAGUAAAAGAAUUGAAUCCU